CGCUCCAGAGUACAGAUCAAAAAAGGGGAGGGGGACAGAAGGAGUUUAGUGUGAGUGGGUCCAAAACGUAAAAAUAUCAACUCUAGAGGCAAGCGACAGUUGAGGUCCCUGGAAUAUCGCCUUCGGAGACUCUCCGGUCACCGUUGGCGGCCUGACCAGAGUCGUGGUGACCAAUUUCAAGGCUGUUCCUGCUCACAAAGCAGCGUGCAGAGGAAGGACGCGUCUCUUUGAAUAGACGGGAUGCACGGACCGCCCUCCGGUGACAGCGCAUGCCCACUGCGCACGAUCAAGAGAGUUCAGUUCGGCAUCAUCAGCCCAGAUGAGCUUAAACGGAUGUCGGUUACAGAAGGGGGGAUUAAAUACCCCGAGACGACGGAAGGAGGACGCCCGAAACUUGGGGGCCUUAUGGACCCAAGACAAGGCGUUAUCGAACGCAGUGGGAGAUGUCAGACAUGUGCAGGUAACAUGACAGAAUGCCCGGGCCACUUCGGGCACAUAGAACUGGCAAAGCCAGUGUUUCAUGUCGGCUUCGUAAAUAAGAUUAUGAAGGUCCUUCGAUGUGUCUGCUUCUUUUGCUCCAAGCUAUUAGUGGAUUCAAACAAUCCCAAGAUCAAGGACAUUCUGAUAAAAUCUAAAGGGCAACCUCGGAAGCGUUUAACCCAUGUCUAUGAGCUGUGCAAGGGCAAAAAUAUCUGUGAAGGAGGGGAGGAAAUGGACAACAAAUUUGGAAUGGAGCAGCAGGAAACUGAGGAGGACAUCACCAAGGAGAAGGGCCAUGGUGGCUGUGGACGCUACCAGCCACGCAUCAGACGCUCCGGCUUGGAGCUGUACGCCGAGUGGAAGCAUGUUAACGAGGAUUCACAGGAGAAGAAAAUCUUGCUGAGUCCCGAGCGCGUGCAUGAGAUCUUCAAGCGCAUCUCUGAUGAGGAAGACGUCAUCUUGGGCAUGGACCCCAAGUUUGCCCGACCAGAAUGGAUGAUUGUAACCGUGUUGCCUGUGCCUCCGCUGGCUGUGAGACCUGCUGUUGUCAUGCAGGGCUCUGCUCGCAACCAGGAUGAUUUGACCCACAAGUUGGCUGACAUUGUGAAGAUCAACAACCAGCUGAGAAGAAAUGAACAGAGUGGUGCGGCCGCCCACGUCAUUGCUGAAGAUGUGAAGCUGCUUCAGUUUCACGUGGCGACUAUGAUCGACAAUGAACUGCCAGGCUUGCCAAGGGCAAUGCAAAAGUCCGGCCGCCCUCUAAAAUCCAUAAAGCAGCGCCUAAAGGGAAAGGAGGGGCGAGUGAGAGGUAACCUGAUGGGCAAACGUGUGGACUUCUCAGCUCGAACCGUCAUCACCCCCGACCCCAACCUCCACAUCGACCAAGUCGGCGUACCGCGAUCCAUCGCAGCCAACAUGACCUUCCCAGAAAUAGUGACACCCUUUAAUAUUGACAGGUUGCAAGAGCUGGUACGAAGAGGCAACAGCCAGUAUCCUGGGGCCAAAUAUAUCAUCCGUGACAACGGAGACAGAAUCGACCUCCGGUUCCACCCCAAACCAAGUGAUCUUCAUCUACAAAUUGGUUACAAGGUGGAAAGACACAUGUGCGACGGCGACAUUGUCAUCUUCAACCGACAGCCUACACUACAUAAAAUGUCUAUGAUGGGGCACAGAGUUCGGAUUCUGCCCUGGUCAACAUUUCGACUCAACCUCAGUGUCACCACCCCUUACAAUGCUGACUUUGACGGGGAUGAGAUGAACCUCCACCUGCCUCAGUCCCUGGAGACGAGGGCAGAGAUUCAGGAGCUGGCCAUGGUGCCGCGUAUGAUCGUCACUCCCCAGUCCAACAGACCCGUCAUGGGUAUCGUGCAGGAUACACUCACAGCUGUCCGUAAAUUCACAAAGAGAGAUGUGUUCUUAGAAAGGGGUGAAGUGAUGAACCUCCUUAUGUUCCUCUCCACUUGGGAUGGGAAAAUGCCCCAGCCCGCUAUCCUCAAACCCCGUCCUUUGUGGACAGGAAAGCAGGUGUUCAGUCUCAUCAUUCCAGGGCACAUUAAUGUGAUCCGCACACACAGCACCCACCCCGACGAGGAGGACAGCGGGCCGUACAAACACAUCUCACCAGGCGACACCAAGGUCAUAGUGGAGGACGGAGAGUUGAUCAUGGGAAUCCUGUGUAAGAAAUCUCUGGGAACCUCAGCUGGAUCCCUCGUCCACAUUUCCUACUUGGAGAUGGGACACGACAUCACCAGACUCUUCUAUUCCAACAUUCAGACGGUGGUCAACAACUGGCUGCUCAUCGAGGGUCAUUCUAUCGGUAUUGGAGACUCCAUUGCUGAUGCCAAGACAUAUCUCGACAUUCAGAAUACCAUCAAAAAAGCCAAACAGGAUGUGAUAGAAGUCAUUGAAAAAGCUCACAACAACGAGCUGGAGCCAACUCCCGGUAACACGCUGAGGCAGACCUUUGAAAACCAGGUGAAUCGUAUCCUCAACGAUGCUCGUGACAAAACGGGAUCCUCUGCCCAGAAAUCGCUCUCUGAGUACAACAACUUCAAGUCCAUGGUGGUGGCCGGGUCCAAGGGCUCAAAGAUUAACAUCUCGCAGGUCAUUGCUGUGGUGGGGCAGCAGAACGUGGAGGGUAAACGAAUCCCUUUCGGCUUCAAACACCGAACGCUGCCUCACUUCAUCAAGGAUGACUACGGCCCUGAGAGCAGAGGCUUCGUGGAGAACUCCUACCUGGCCGGACUGACACCCACAGAGUUCUUCUUCCACGCCAUGGGAGGCAGAGAGGGUCUGAUCGACACAGCUGUCAAGACAGCUGAGACUGGUUAUAUCCAGCGUCGUCUGAUCAAAUCUAUGGAGUCGGUGAUGGUGAAAUAUGACGCCACAGUGAGAAACUCCAUCAACCAGGUGGUGCAGCUGCGUUACGGCGAGGACGGUCUGGCUGGAGAGAAUGUGGAGUUCCAGAAUCUGGCUACGUUGAAACCUUCGCACAAGGCUUUUGAGAAGAAGUUCAAGUUCGACUGCACAAAUGAGCGAGCGCUGAGGCGGAUCCUGCAGGAGGACGUGGUGAAAGACGUGCAGACAAACGCGCACGUGCAGAGCGUUCUUGAGAGGGAGUUUGAGAAGAUGAGGGAGGACAGGGACAUCCUGCGAGCCAUUUUCCCCACCGGGGACAGCAAGGUGGUGCUGCCAUGCAACCUGGCCAGGAUGAUCUGGAACGCUCAGAAGAUCUUCCGAAUCAACAUACGAACCCCGACAGACCUGAAUCCUCUAAGGGUGGUGGAGGGUGUUCACGACCUUAGUAAGAAGCUGGUGAUUGUGAACGGUGAGGAUCCUCUAAGCAGGCAGGCCCAGGAGAACGCCACGCUGCUCUUUAACAUCCACCUGCGCUCCACUCUGUGCUCUAAACGGAUGACGGAGGAGUUCCGCCUUUCCACCGAAGCCUUCGACUGGCUGCUGGGAGAGAUAGAGACCAAAUUCAACCAAUCCAUUGCUCACCCAGGUGAAAUGGUUGGCGCCCUCGCAGCUCAGUCGCUGGGAGAACCAGCCACUCAGAUGACACUGAACACUUUCCACUACGCCGGUGUGUCGGCCAAGAACGUAACGCUUGGUGUUCCUCGUCUAAAGGAGUUGAUCAACAUUUCAAAGAGGCCUAAGACCCCCUCGCUGACAGUCUUCCUGCUGGGUCAGGCGGCACGAGACGCCGAGAGGGCCAAGGACAUCCUUUGUCGACUGGAGCACACCACACUGCGCAAAGUGACCGCCAACACUGCCAUCUACUACGACCCUAACCCGCAAAACACGGUCGUGGCCGAGGACCAGGAGUGGGUCAACGUCUACUACGAGAUGCCCGACUUUGACGUGACGCGAAUUUCACCGUGGCUGCUGCGUAUCGAGCUGGACCGCAAGCACAUGACCGAUCGCAAACUGACCAUGGAGCAAAUUGCAGAGAAGAUAAACGCUGGUUUUGGAGAUGACCUGAACUGCAUCUUCAACGACGACAAUGCCGAGAAGCUUGUGCUGCGAAUCCGGAUCAUGAACAGCGACGAGAACAAGUUCCAAGAAGAUGAAGAGGUGGUGGACAAAAUGGACGACGACGUGUUCUUGAGGUGCAUCGAGUCCAACAUGCUGACGGACAUGACCCUGCAGGGCAUUGAGCAGAUCAGCAAGGUGUACAUGCAUCUGCCUCAGACGGACAACAAGAAGAAGAUCAUCAUCACCGAGGACGGAGAGUUCAAGGCGCUCCAGGAGUGGAUUCUGGAGACGGACGGAGUGAGCCUCAUGAGGGUCCUCAGUGAGAAGGAUGUGGAUCCAGUCAGAACAACCUCCAACGACAUCGUGGAGAUCUUCACGGUCUUGGGGAUUGAAGCUGUGCGAAAGGCGCUGGAGAGGGAGUUGUACCACGUCAUCUCCUUUGAUGGUUCCUACGUCAACUACCGUCACUUGGCGCUGCUCUGUGACACCAUGACCUGCCGCGGUCACCUGAUGGCCAUCACACGUCACGGCAUCAACCGGCAAGACACCGGACCGCUCAUGAAAUGUUCCUUUGAGGAGACGGUGGAUGUGUUGAUGGAGGCGUCGUCCCACGGCGAGAGCGACCCCAUGAAGGGCGUGUCUGAAAACAUCAUGCUCGGCCAGCUAGCGCCAGCAGGAACGGGCUGUUUUGAUCUGCUGCUGGAUGCUGAGAAGUGCAAAUACGGGAUGGAGAUCCCCACCAACAUACCUGGCAUCAGUGUGGCUGGACCCACAGGAAUGUUCUUUGGCUCAGUGCCGAGUCCCAUGAGCGGCAUGUCCCCUGCCAUGACUCCCUGGAAUACGGGAGCCACCCCGGCCUAUGGCGCCUGGUCGCCCAGCGUCGGAAGCGGCAUGACGCCCGGAGCUGCAGGCUUCUCGCCCAGUGCUGCAUCAGACGCCAGCGGCUUCUCUCCGGGUUACUCCCCAGCCUGGUCUCCCACCCCUGGGUCUCCAGGGUCUCCGGGACCCGUCAGCCCCUACAUCCCAUCUCCAGGUGGCGCAAUGUCACCCAACUAUUCUCCCACGUCUCCGGCCUACGAGCCACGCUCCCCGGGCGGCUACACUCCCCAGAGCCCCGGCUACUCGCCCACCUCCCCCUCGUACUCCCCCACCUCCCCCUCUUACUCCCCCACCAGCCCCAACUACAGCCCCACGUCUCCUUCCUACUCGCCCACCUCGCCCAGUUACUCCCCGACGUCUCCUUCCUACUCGCCCACAUCCCCCUCCUACUCCCCCACCUCCCCGUCCUACUCCCCCACCUCCCCGUCCUACUCCCCGACGUCUCCCUCCUACUCCCCCACCUCGCCGAGCUACAGCCCCACGUCCCCGAGCUACAGCCCCACCUCGCCCAGCUACUCGCCCACCUCCCCCUCCUACUCGCCCACCUCUCCGUCGUACUCCCCCACGUCUCCGUCCUACUCCCCCACCUCCCCGUCCUACUCCCCCACCUCCCCCUCCUACUCCCCGACCAGUCCCAGCUACAGCCCCACGUCGCCCAACUACACUCCGACGUCGCCUAGCUACUCCCCCACCUCCCCCUCCUACUCUCCAACAUCCCCCUCUUACUCCCCGACCUCCCCCAACUACACCCCAACCAGCCCAAACUACUCCCCCACCUCCCCCUCGUACUCCCCCACCUCUCCGUCCUACUCCCCCUCCAGUCCGCGGUACACCCCGCAGUCGCCGACCUACACCCCCAGCUCGCCCUCGUACAGCCCCAGCUCCCCGUCCUACUCCCCCACCUCUCCCAAAUACACCCCCACCUCGCCGUCGUACAGCCCCAGUUCCCCGGAGUACACCCCCACCUCCCCCAAAUACUCCCCCACCUCACCAAAGUACUCCCCGACCUCGCCCAAGUACUCGCCCACGUCUCCCACGUACUCCCCGACCACUCCCAAGUACAGCCCCACCUCUCCCACCUACUCCCCCACUUCCCCCACCUACACCCCCACCUCCCCCAAAUACUCCCCCACGUCCCCCACCUACUCUCCCACUUCGCCCAAGUACUCCCCCACGUCCCCCACGUACUCGCCCACUAGUCCCAAAGGCUCCACGUACAGCCCCACGUCCCCGGGCUACAGCCCCACCUCGCCCACCUACAGCCCGGCCAUCAGCCCCGACGACAGCGACGAGGAGAACAACUGAGGCGGAGGAGAGGAGGAGACGGGGGGGCAGCUGAAGAACGAGCAUCCCCUUUAACCAGCCGCCGGUGGCGAAGCCUCGCCCGCCUCGCAAACACGAAAAUCUCCACUCUGCUUCCUGUUGGGAAAGCUGCCUCUCCUUUCCGCCGGUCGCAUCGCCCUCCCCUCCCUAUCGUGUUCAAAACUGUUAUGUGAAAGACUUGAACUGCUUUGCCUGAAGGAAAAAAAAAAGGUUGCCUUUAGAUUUUUUUUUUUUUUUUGUCUUUUUUUCUUUUUAAAAACAUGGGGUGUUGAAACAAAAACUGAGAAUCCCCAGAGGGAAUGAACAAGAGCGGAAAAUGUGAACAUUUAAGGGAAUAAACAAAAAAAAUCCCUUUUUUUUUAAUUUACAGUCCUGCAUCCAGUCUCUCAUUCUCUAAAUGUUGGUUGUUUAGUUGUUCCCGGACAACGUAUAUAUGUUUCCAAAAGCCUUUCUGAGAAAUUAAGUAGAUUGUAUUUAUCACUAAGACAUAAGCUGUCGAGAAGUUAAGGUUUAGACUUUUAUUUUACUGCAUCUUUCACAAAGGUUUUUCUUGUUAGACCUUUGACUGUUUUUGUACAAAAAAAAAACUAAAAACAGUUGCUGCCAGUUUUGGGGUUGUUAUGGAUGAGUGUGACUAAAAACAUUCGAGUCAUAUCGUGUUCAUCUAUCAACGGCAGAAAUGCACAUAAAGGAAGAGAGGAACUGGUUUGCGAGGGAGGAAACUUUUUUUUUAAGACGUCGGUACCAUCACCCCGGCCCUCUUCCUCCUUUACGCCCCAAAGAUGUGAAAGAUGUCACAAAAGGAAAAAAAAAAACGCAAACAAAAAAAAAAAAUCCCUUUUGGAGACUUGUUCAUCAAAAGCAUGAAAAAAAGGACAAAAAAAAAACACUCGUUCAGAUGUGAACUUUCGAUUCACUCUGGAAUUUAAAAAGUUUCUAAUGAGAAAUAGUUUCCUUCAUUCUGUCUUGGUUUUGGAUCUCGGAGGAAAUGGGGAACUGCCGGUGAGGGAUACUAGUUUCGGCUUUGCUGCUUUUGUUGUCGUUUUGCAGAAGUAGCACAUGUUUGAUAUGUUUUAAAACAUCCCUCGCAUAUUUUACUAAUCUGUGCCCCAUUUCUGAUGAGCUGAAUUGUACACAGUUUUAUUCGGGCGACUCAGUUAAACUGCUUAUUAUUAUUAUUAUUAUGAAUAUGAAUCGAGAAAAAUUAUGAAGUCAAUUUUUUUUUCUCUCCUCUUUUGGUGACGAUGUAUACUUGUUUGUAGGAGGCUCAUGUUUAUAUACUGUGGAUGAAGGGGUAGGGGACUGAGAAGGGGGGAGGGUUUUUUCCACCCCCCCUGAAGUUUUUGCUACGAUGGCAUCUGCUCUUUCAUGCACAGUUCAACAUUUUUGCAUGGUGUUACCAAGUUUUUGACCUCGCUUCAGUUAAACGUUAGAGAGCAGAAAGGCUCUGCCUUAUUAUUUUUCCUUUUCUCUUUGAAACAAGCAGAGGUUUUCCAAAGAAACAUCGCUUUUGGCUUCUCUCUUCAAACUUUACCCACUACAUUAGUGAGAACGUUUGCAUCUGACGAAUUGUGAAGAGUUUUUCUUUUCCUUUCCUACUACUCGUUUGAAUCAUUCAGCACGGUUUCUUGAACCCGCCGACUCUCCUCCCUCUUCAUCCACAGCUGAUCCUCGUUUCAGAAAUCAGUGUUUCCUUGUAUUUUUCUACUAGUGUGUGUACCUGUGAUGAGGUGAAUCCUGGGGCUGGGGAAGGGAGUACAUAUUGACUGGGAGUCCUGCAGAGAUUAAGAAAAAAUACAAACCCAUCCAAGUAAUCUUUAUGGCUAUGUCCUGAAAGCUUCAAACCAUCUGAUUCGUUGGAGGAAAAAAAACGCUUCUUGUUUUGAUUUCAAUCGGAAGAAAAGCAUCUGUCAUUCAAUGCAAAGCGGGUUUGGUAAUUGCACUUAUUUUGGUGGGCGUCAUUCCCGGAUACCGUCACAUUUUGUUCUGUUUGCAUCCAGCCCUGUUGUCUUAACUGUGUGCCAUUCUGUCAGCUGUGGACAUCAGGACUCCCAGGGGGAAUGAAUGAUCUGAGUGAGUGCGUGUGUGUCUGUCUGUCUGUCAGAAGGCAAUGCAGGGUUUCAAACUCGAAUAAAGGCUUCAUGUCUGGGUAAAAGAAGGUUUAACUUAAAGUUGCCACUGUACAGAAGUCAAGUUGUUAUCUCAUUCUCUGUAUCUGUUUUUUGCCUUGGUAAAAAUCUGAAUAAAAGUUUUACUAUA